AACGCCUUCAUUGUCUGAAAAUUCAGAAAAGCAACGUGCAAUAUGUACGUGACCCAACUCGUGGCCGUAGUGGUUACGGGAUAUUUUUGCUCUUUGAAUGCCAAAUGGUUAAUAAAUAUGGAAAUAGGAAUAUAGAAAUAAAGCUCAUCUUUUGCAUGAACAAGUUUUUCUUUCAUAUGUAUAAAAGAGAAAGCUUCAACAUAAUAAUCCCCCAAAAAAAAAAAAGGCAAAAAUGGUGAACCUUUUCACUGCACUGAAUCCACUCCUCCGAGCCUUGAUGAAGCUGUACGGAAUGGGCGCUCAAGCAGUGGAGAUCCAACCAGGAAAGGUUAUCAACUUCUGGGCUCCAAUCCAAACCAUCAAAAACUACAAAAACAACAAGAAGUCCAAGAAGCCCACCACCACCAUCAACGACACCGAAAAACCUGUUGUAGUUUUUAUUCACGGCUUUGCGGGAACAGCUGUCCUAACAUGGUUGUUUCAGGUCGCAGCAUUGUCGGGAAAUUACGCAGUUUAUGUUCCCGACCUUCUCUUCUUCGGCGGCUCCAUUACCGACAGCCCACAUCGGUCGCCGGAGUUCCAGGCGGAAUGUUUGGCCAGGGGCUUAAAAUUGUUGGGUGUGGAGAGGUGUACCGUAGUUGGUUGCAGCUACGGCGGGUUUGUCGGGUCGAAGAUGGCGGAGUCGGAUCCUGUAUUGGUUGAGUCGCUGGUGCUGUCCAACUCAAUUGUGGGUUUUUCCGAAUUGCAGAGCCAAGAAGCACUUGACAGGCUUGGGUUUGAAUCUUGGACCCAAUUUUUGAUGCCCAAUAAUGUGGAAGGCCUUAAAAUGCUUUUGGGUCAUGUAAUUUACUGGCGGCCUUGGUUCCCAGAUUGGGCUUAUAAGCACUUCUUGAAGGUGAUGUUUGAAAAUCGAGAGGAGAGAGCUGAACUUAUGAAGGCCGUGAUUAUCAAGAACGAUGAGUAUGUUAUUCCUAAUUAUUCACAGAAAAUAUACAUAUUGGCCGGAGAGGAAGACAAGGUUUUCAACCUGGAACUUGUCCACACAACAGCAAAUCAACUAGGUGAGAAAGCAAGUCUGCAUUGUAUAAAGAAAGCAGGCCAUCUUGUUCACUUGGAACGACCCUUUGUCUACAAUCGCUGCCUUAAGAAAAUUCUUGCAUCUUUGAGACCAGAUCAAGAUGGUGCUCAUCGCCUUCAGUGACACUCAUGAAAAUUUGAUGCAAUAAUAUAUCUAUAUCUGUUUAUUAUCUAUAUAUCUAUAUCCGUUUAUUAUCUAUAAUAUAUAGUUUUUUGGACAUAGAAGUUGUAAUUUUUCUUAGCAUUUAUAUUGUUAAGGCUAAGGAAAAUAAAUUACAAGAUGAUAAGGAAUGGAGUACUUAUUUCUGAAAUUGUUGCUCUGUUUGA